AAAUCAGUUCACAACCAAGUUCGGUAUAUAGAGCAGCAUUCGUCAAACCAAACCUAAAAAACAAUGGCAUUCAAAUUCACCAUUCUCUUCGCCGCCUGCAUCGCUGUGGCCAGUGCUGGAGUUGUGCCCGUUGCCGCACCCUUGGCCGCCGUUGCCCAGGUGGAGGAAUACGAUCCCCAUCCCCAAUACACUUACGGAUAUGACGUUAAGGAUGCGCUGUCUGGCGAUUCGAAGACCCAGGUGGAGACCCGCGACGGCGACAUCGUCCAGGGUCAAUACUCGCUGAAUGAUGCCGAUGGCUACCGUCGCAUUGUGGACUAUACCGCCGACCCGAUCAACGGCUUUAACGCUGUGGUUCGUCGUGAGCCUCUGGUCGCUGCCGUGGCCGCCGCUCCUGUUGUGGCAGCUCCCGCUCCAGUGGUGCGCGCUGCUCCCGUUGUUGCUGCCCCAGCUCCAGUUGUCCAUUCCGCUCCAUUGGCUUAUGCUGCUGCUCCAGCUCCCAUCAUCAAGGCUGCUGCUCCUUUGGUCGCCGCUGGUCCAGCUAUCGUCAAGACGCAGUUUGCUUCGCCCCUUAUCUCCUACGCUUAUUAAACAUCAAAAUAGGCGCUGUCCGACCUGAUAAUUGCCGUUAGUUGUU